GGGGAAGGAAUUUACCAUGACACUGGCUCUCGGUUACAGAACGGAACCUACAUCUGUGGGUUGAGUGAAGCGUCGGCCAUUUACCGUGGAGACACAGCCAAGUUUUUCAAACAUAAGAAGUUAAAACACCGACUCAUCCAUUCGGAAUUAUCAUUAAUAGUAUUAUUUAUUUAACUGUUGUUGCACACCAGUUUGCUUGGCGUUACGAUACAAAACAGCUACUAAACAGAGUCCCGUGUGAUGCCAUGGACAGUGUGGAGAUGGAAUCUGUCCCAAUUAAAGAGGAGCUCUUUGAACUUGAACUUGUCCCCUUUAGUGUGGAGUUCUUUGGGCUGGCUUGCCCCCCCAUUAAACAGGAGCUCUGUGAGGUGCAAUGUGACAGCAGUCAGCAAGAUGUCUCUGAGAUUAAAGCUGAGCACAAUGAAUUCGAGAUCCCCCAGACAGAAGAACUGCUUUCUGUUAAACAAGAAGAGGUGCUGGAAAUUAAACAGGAGGGUUUGACAGUAGAGUUUGACCACAUGGAAGCCGGGAAGGAAGAAUCUGAGGACUUCAAACCAAACAUCCCUGAGCUGGAGCCUGUACACCUGCGGAAGUGUAGCGUGGUGCUGGAGAGAGUCUGCAUGAGAGAGCGAGGCACUGGAGAGGAAGGCUUUCCUCCCAACAGCACACAAGGCGCUGGAAAGGAAGACGGGUGGUCAUAUUCAGAAGACAGUCUAGCAGGUUCCAGUCCAGCAGCUAAAGCGUCGGUGGGCAGUGGAGAAUAUCCUGACUCUGGGAAAGGUUUUAAAAAACAGCAGCGAAUUCACACAGAAGCUAAACCGUAUCGCUGCUCUGACUGUGGGAAGCGUUUCAGUCAAUCAGGAAACCUGAAAUCACACCAGAGAAUUCACACGGGAGAGAAACCGUAUUGCUGCUCUGACUGUGGGAAGCAUUUCAGUCAUUCAGGAGCCCUGAAACAACACCAGCGCAUUCACACAGGAGAGAAACCAUAUCGCUGCAUUAAUUGUGGGAAGAUUUUCAGUAGGAUAGACUCCCUGAAAACACACCAGCGAAUUCACACAGGAGAGAAACCGUAUCUCUGCUCUGACUGUGGUAAGUGUUUCAGUCAGUUAGCACACCUUGAAACACACCAGCGAAUUCACACAGGCGAGAAACCGUACAGCUGCUCUGACUGUGGGAAGAGUUUUAGCAACAGAGGAAUCCUGAAAGCCCACAUGCGAAUUCACACAGGACAGAAACCGUAUUGCUGCACGGACUGUGGCAAGAGUUUCAGACAGUCUGGAGACCUGAAAAUACACCAACGAAUUCACACAGGGGAGAAACCAUAUCGCUGCUCUGACUGUGGGAUGAGUUGCAGUCGUUCAGAACACCUGAAAACACACCAAAGAAUUCACACAGGAAAGAAACCGUAUUGCUGCUCUGACUGUGGGAAGAGUUUCAGUCAAUUGGGAAACCUGAAAGCUCACCAGCGAAUUCACACAGGAGAGAAACCGUAUCACUGCUCUGACUGUGGGAAGAGUUUCAGAUGUUCAGAAAACCUGAAAACACAUCAGAGAAUUCACACAGGAAAGAAACCAUUUUUCUGCUCUGACUGUGGGAAGAGUUUCAGACAGUCAGGAGACCUUGAAAGACACCAACGAAUUCACACAGGAGAGAAACCGUAUCUCUGCUCUGACUGUGGGAAGAGUUUCAGAGAUUCAGGAGAUCUGAAAAAACACCAGCGAAUUCACACAGGAGAGAAACCGUAUCGCUGCUCUGACUGUGGGAAGUGUUUCAAGCAGUCAGGAGAGCUGAAAACACACCAGAGAAUUCACACAGGAGAGAAACCGUAUUGCUGCUCUGACUGUGGGAAGAGUUUCAGUCAGUCACACAGCCUUAUUUCACACCAGCGAAUUCACACAGGAGAGAAACUGUAUUGCUGCUCUGACUGUGGGAAGAGUUUCAGAGAUUCAGGAGAUCUGAAAAAACACCAGCGAAUUCACUCAGGAGAAAAACCGUAUUCCUGCUCUGAUUGUAGGAAGAGUUUCAGAGAUUCAGGAAACCUGAAAAAACACCAGCGAAUUCACUCGGGAGAAAAACCGUAUUCCUGCUCUGACUGUGGUAAGAGUUUCAGAGAUUCAGGAAACUUUAAAAAACACCAGCGAAUUCACAGAGGAGAGAAACCUUAAAGAGCAUGUUCAAUGGGACUUUUCACUUAUUUGGGGGGAAAAAACGUUAACCUUGAAUUAUGUCCCUGUGUAAUUAUAUAUAUAUAUAUAUAUAUAUAUAUAUAUAUAUAUAUAUAUAUAUAUAUAUAUAUAAUUUAUAUUUUCCCCUGUAUAGUCGGCGCCACCUAAUCGGGACACUGAUAAUCAGGAUUUCUGCUUAAAUGGGAUCAUUUCAGUAUUUUGAAAUGAUGAACAGAGAUCACUUUUCAGAGCAAGACAGCUUUGCGUAGCUCAGUGCAGUGAUUACGCUGUGACUUGUGUAAAUUGCAUAAACCAGAUUAGUGCUUGAAGGAGCUGGAGUCUCCUGUGGUUUCUCAGGCUACUGUGGCAAAUAAAUUUGGUGUGUCAACAUCA